AGUUAAAAAGGACAGAUAAAAUAAAAAAGUGACACAUCCGCUGAAAGUUACACUGAAUAUAAUGAUCGAAUUCUUUUCAUCACGCAAAACCUUAAAGUACUCUCUCUCUCUCCCAUCUCUCUUUCUCUCUCUCACACACCACAAAAGGGCACAUAUUUAUAAAGUAUAUGAUAAAAUGUGUAUAAAGUUCAUUUCUUCAUUAGCUUCAACUUCAAAUAGUUCCCACUGUUUCCACAUCAAAAUCCAUAAUCAUCACGUCUCUCUCCAUUUAUCUCUCCUCUCUCCUCCUUUUUUUAUUUUAUUUUUUUCCGCAGUUUCUAUAUAUCAACAUUCAAUACCCUAACAACCCAUCUCAACUUGCAUCUCACAUUCUCAUUUUCCUCAUCACCGCCUUUUUCUCUUUCUCUAUAUAAAAGUAUACCCUGUUUCAACAAUGUCAAUAAACCAAUUCUCAUCAGAAAUCCCACAAACUAUAUGGUGGGCAUGGCAACAUCAACCAACAAUUACCCAUCACUCUAAUUCCGAAUCCAAACUCCCCCAAACUCAAUCUCAAUCCGCCGACUUAUCCAUGUUCGCCGGCGAAAACAGGGAAGCUUACAACAACAGGGAGUCAAUGUUUGAGAAACACUUGACUCCAAGCGAUGUAGGGAAAUUAAACAGGCUGGUUAUACCCAAACAACACGCGGAAAGACACUUCCCGUUAGGCGCCGCCGUCUCCGGCGAAUCCACGGCGGAGAAGGGUUUGUUACUUACGUUUGAGGAUGAGCUGGGUAAGUGUUGGAGAUUUAGGUAUUCGUAUUGGAAUAGUAGUCAGAGUUAUGUUUUGACUAGAGGAUGGAGUCGGUUUGUUAAGGAGAAACAACUUGAUGCUGGAGAUGUUGUCACUUUUGAUAAGGGUGGUGACCAUUUGUUUAUUGGUUGGAGGCGGCGUGACUUGGCGGCGCCGAGUCAACCUGUUUCUACUCCGGUCACGGUUGGUUAUUAUCAUCCGCAUCCUUCUUAUAAUUCGAACCCACAUGAGUCAUCUCUUCAUGCAACAGCAAUCGGCUUAGGUGAUGAGGGACGACAAUACACGCAAACGACGUCGUCUUCUGGUGGGAACCAAAAGAGGUCGGUUUUGAGGCUGUUUGGGGUCAACAUGGAGUGCCAUGAUGUAGAUGAUCAUGAUGACGAAGAUGGGUCCGAGACCCAUACCCGACCCGACUCCACCACCCAUCCAUUUUAAACCCUCUUAAUUAUUUUCGGAUAGAAAUAAUAAAAAUAAAUAAUAAAGACUUGGAGGAUAGAAUGAUGAGAAGAUAUGUUAAAGGAUGAAGAUCUUUGAGAUGUGACUUUUUGAAGAUGGAAGAAAGUAAGAGAAGAUGGAUAUGGAUAUUCCAUACAUAUCUAUAUAUAUAUUAUUAUUAUAUGUAGUCUUAUAAAAUAUAUAAUUAUAUAAACUAUGUACUGAAUUGAUGAUGGAUGAUGAUGGAUGAUGAUACUAAUUGGGGAUGGAGAAGAAGAAAAAUCCCAGAUUUUGGGGCAGCUGUGUAGAGAAAAUCCUAAGGAGAUUUGAGAGAGAAUGGGUCUGGAUAUGAGAAAUUGACAGAAAUAGGGCAUACGUCAUCAUCCAUGAUCGAUCAUCGAAGAAUUGUAUAUAAAGGUGGUUGGCAUCAGGAAUCUGUGUAUAUAUUUUGGUUACUGUUAUGAUUCUGGUGCAUGCCUGAGACUGAGAGAUGCAAGAAUUAGCUAUAUAGUGGUGGGUCUCACUUUCGAUCGAUGUCCACAAAUAACAACUCCAUCAUCUAAAUUGAGAUAUUUCUCAUGCAUGAUCUCAUAUACUUUUAAUUUUAAGUUGUAUUAUUUUUGUUUAUUUAUUUCUUUAUGUUAACUAUGUUUUGUUUAAGAUAUUUGUUUUCAUUUUUCGUGUUUAGUCAAGGCACAAAAGGUUAAUGUCA